AGAUCAUGCAACAACCAAGAUGUAGGCCACACCCACUCCACAUUCGUCUCCUCUACCGGCUUCGAGAGGACGUCAGUCAGUGCUGGGUCUCUGUGUCUUUCUCGUCACCUUCCACUUUUCUCUCCAUCCAUUUGGCCUUCAUAUAGACUCCUGCAGGGAUGGCGGAGCUGGAGGGCUUGGAGUUCGGAAAGUCAGACUUUGUGCUUCUAGACGAGGUGACCAUGGAGCAGUUUAUGGACAACUUGAAGUUAAGGUUUGAGAAAGGCCGUAUCUACACUUUCAUUGGAGAAGUAGUGGUGUCAGUCAAUCCGUAUAAACAUUUGGAUAUCUAUGGGAAGGAGGUCAUUGAGGACUACAGGGGAAGAGAACUGUAUGAGAAUCCACCUCACCUGUUUGCUGUCGCAGAUGCUGCUUAUAAAGCCAUGAAGAGACGAGCCAAAGACACAUGCAUCGUCAUUUCAGGUGAGAGCGGAGCAGGCAAGACUGAGGCAAGCAAGUACAUUAUGCAGUACAUUGCAGCAAUCACUAACCCCAACCAGAGGGCAGAGGUCGAGAGUGUGAAGAACGUGCUUCUGAAAUCCAACUGUGUGUUAGAGGCCUUUGGAAAUGCUAAGACCAACCGCAAUGAUAACUCCAGCCGCUUCGGCAAAUACAUGGACAUCAACUUCAACUUCAACGGAGACCCCACAGGAGGACACAUCAACAACUACCUGCUGGAGAAGUCUAGAGUUGUCCAACAGCAGGAUGGAGAGAGAAAUUUCCACUCAUUUUAUCAGGUGUUACGGGGAGGAUCUGAUGAAUUGCUGAAGUCUUUGUAUCUGCAGAGAGAUCCAGCAGAAUAUGCCUACACCAGUCAAGGAGCCUCAGUCACACUUGCAUCCAAUAAUGACUCCUUAUGUCACAAAGCUGUGAUGGCAGCACUGAAAGUGAUUGGCUUCACCACCGAAGAGAUCAGCUCCAUCUACAAGAUCCUCAGUACCAUCCUACACCUGGGUAACCUUCAGUUUACUAGUGAUGGUGAACAUGUCGUACUUGUCGGUGAAGAUACAGUGAAGCACAUUUCUGAGCUGACGUCCACAGAGCCUGAGAAUACCAGAAAAGCACUUCUGUACCGUACAGUGGCUACUGGGGGUGGAGAGGUCAUUGAAAAGGGACACAAUGAGCAGGAAGCUAGCUAUGGAAGAGAUGCGUUUGCCAAGGCUUUAUAUGAGAGAUUAUUUGCGUGGAUAGUGGGUCGUAUCAAUAGUGUGAUUGAAGUGAAGGACUACAAUCCUGCCCUGCAUGGCAAAAACACUGUUAUAGGUGUGCUGGACAUCUAUGGCUUUGAGAUCUUUGAUAACAACAGCUUUGAGCAGUUUUGCAUUAACUACUGCAACGAGAAGCUACAGCAGCUCUUCAUUGAGCUUAUUCUACGGCAGGAGCAGGACGAGUACCAGAGAGAGGGUAUCACCUGGCAACAUAUCGAAUACUUUAACAAUCAGAUCAUAGUGGAUUUAGUGGAGCAGCCUCAUAAGGGCAUCAUCUCCAUCCUGGAUGAAGCCUGUCUCACUGCAGGGAAAGUCACAGAUACUGUCUGCCUGGACAGCAUGAACAAAAAGCUGGGCCAGCACCCUCACUACACCUCCCGGAAACUCUGUCCCGGCGAUAAGACCAUGGAGUUCAAUCGAGAUUUCCGCAUCCGACACUACGCGGGAGAUGUUACGUACUCAGUUGAGGGCUUUCUUGAUAAGAACAAGGACCCGCUUUUCCAGGAUUUCAAGCGGCUGAUGUACAACAGUUCUGACCAUGUCCUUAAAGAAAUGUGGCCUGAUGGGAAAAUGAGUAUUACAGAGGUGACCAAACGACCUCUAACUGCAGCUACACUCUUCAAAAACUCUAUUAUUGCUCUAGUGGACAAACUGGCUUGUAAGGAGCCAUACUAUGUGCGGUGUAUAAAGCCAAAUGAGGUGAAGUCCCCCCUGCUGUUUGAUGAUGGUCGCUGCCAGCACCAAGUGGCAUACCUGGGACUGCUGGAGAAUGUGCGUGUGCGUCGAGCUGGAUUUGCCUACAGACAGCCUUAUGCACGCUUUCUGCAGAGGUACAAGAUGACCUGUGAAUACACCUGGCCUAAUCACCUGAUGAGCACUGACCAGGAGGCUGUGGAGGCCAUCGUGAACCAGCACGGCUUUGAGGACGAUGUAGCUUACGGCCACACCAAGCUCUUCGUGAGAACACCUCGCACGCUCUUUACACUGGAGCAAGAGAGAGCCGCACUCAUCCCCAUACUAGUGCUCUUCUUACAGAAGGUUUGGAGAGGUGCAUUAGCACGUAUGCGAUGUAGGAAAAUAAGGGCUAUAUAUACCAUAAUGGCACAUUAUAAAUGCUAUAAGGUGAAGGCUCACUUCUGGGAAGUGGAGAGACGUUUUGCCAACGUUCGAAACAUGGCCGACUAUGGGAAGAGUGUGGAGUGGCCGACACCGCCUGCGGCCCUCAUGCAGUUCCACCGAAUCACACAGCACCUUCACCGCCGAUGGUGGGCCCGGCAGCUGAUUAAAAACAUCCCCCCGUCUGACAUGGCGGAGGUGAGGGCAAAAGUAGCUGCUCUGUCAGCUCUGAGCGGGGAGAGAGUGGACUGGGGCUAUAGCCGUGCCUGGGAGAGAGACUACUUGGCCAAUGCAAAAGACUCUCCUCUGAUGAGCACCAACUUUGUGCGCAUCACUAAAGAGCUGAAGAACAAAGACCAGUACAGCCAGGUCCUCUUUUCAUGCUCUGUCAGGAUGCUCAACUGGUUCAACAACACAAAGGACAGAGCUCUGCUCAUCACAGACAAGCAUAUCUACAGGCUGGAGCCCAAGAAACACUUUAAAGUGCAAAAACGAAUAUCACUUGAUACAGUGGUUGGUGUGAGUGUAACUAGUGGCAGUGACCAGAUGGUGGCGCUACAUACUGCCUCUCAGGAUGACAUUCUAGUGCACCUACAGAGGGGUCAACUCAACCCAAAUCAGGACCGUGUAGGGGAGCUGGUGGGCAGCCUCACAGACCACUUUACACGAGUGAAGAACACUCCACUGCCGGUCAAAGUGUGCUCUACAGCGUUCCAGGUACACAUGAGCGGGAAACCUAAGAGUAUCACCGUCGAGACCAAACCCAGCCAGACCGCUGCAGACUUCAAGAAGAGUCGAACUGGAUUCACCUUACUGCUGCCCCAUCAGUAAAGCCAAGGCUUCGGACAUAAAACAGUAUUCACCCAUUCAGUCAGAGAUGGGACCAGAACUAGAGAUUUCUCUUCAUGCAGGAUUGGAUAUGUCUGUACAUAAGUGGAACAAAAUUUCUGAUUUUCCAAAUCUUAAGCAAUGCACUUUGUUGUUAUUAAAUAGUGUGUUGAAGUGAUGAAGUGUUUUUGUAGGCCAACCAGAAGUUAGUAUGACACUGGUUCCCUCAAAUAGGAUUUUUCCAUUGGUUUUUAGAUUAUUGCUGAAAAUAAGCACUGUGACUAACAAAAGUUCAUGAUUCUUAUAUGCUUUGUUCAUCACGAUUAAACACAGCUUUGAAUUUUGAAGCCGAAAUACAAUCGUCAGAAGUAGAAAAAUAAACAUAGGCUAUAAAUGAAUUCAGUGUUAUUCACAACUCUUUUUAGUAUUUAUUUAAAAACAUUUUUCCCUAAAGUUUGAGUUAGAAUGGUUUGUAAGAGUGCAGUUAUAAAUACAGUGAGGCUGUGAAAGCGACCAAUGAGUAGAUGAGUUUAUCUGUUUGGUGUGAUGAUAUUUAAUGUCCCGACAACCUCUGUUGUCCCAUUUAAACACUUGUUGGCAGGACUAGUAAAAGCUUUACUGAUGUAUUUAAUGCUGUGGAAUAAAACAUGAAAAUAUC